GGCGCUCGCGUGCUGUGCGGCUGUGCCGAGCCUGUGCGCCGCGCGCGCCAUCGCCCAUCGAUCGCCAGGCGCCACCAGGUGUCAUGUGGGGUGUGGCAGCGCAAACCUCCAUUCGAGGAGAGCGAAAAAAAAAAAGAGAGGAGAAAAAAAACGCGAACGAAUGGUGAGCCCCGGACUGGUAAGGCCUCGCUCCCCUCCGUCGUGGCCGGCAGCAGGUGCGGGGGCAGCCGUAGCGCAGCGCGCCUCCGCGGCCGCGACCGCGACCGCGACCCCUCCUCCUCCUACUACCGCCUCCACGCCGCUGCGCAAGCCCCGCCGCAGGACCAUGGCCAGCGCCGGUGCCGGCGCCGGCCGCGGCCGGGUCCGCGUCGCAGUCGUCGGCGACGUGCAUAAUGAUUGGACCCUCGAGGAAGAUUCAAGAGCCCUACAUUUUCUCCAGCCCGAUUUGGUACUUUUUACAGGUGAUUAUGGCAAUGAGAAUGUUCAACUUGUUAAAAGCAUUUCUGAACUUCAGCUUCCAAAAGCAGCGAUUCUUGGAAAUCACGACUGUUGGCACACAUAUCAGUUUUCAGAGAAGAAGGUAGAUCAUGUCCGGCUUCAGCUGGAGAGCCUUGGUGAACAGCAUGUUGGGUACAAGUGUUUGGAUUUUCCAACAAUAAAGCUUAGUAUUGUUGGUGGACGACCAUUUUCCUGUGGGGGUAAUAGGUUAUUUAGACCAAAGCUUCUGUCAAAAUGGUAUGGUGUCAAUGAUAUGGCUGAAAGUGCAAAAAAGAUAUAUGAUGCUGCUGCAAAUGCACCAGAGGAGCAUGCUGUCAUAGUACUUGCGCACAAUGGGCCAACAGGUCUAGGCUCAAGAAUGGACGAUAUUUGUGGACGGGAUUGGGUCGCUGGUGGUGGUGACCAUGGUGAUCCAGAUCUGGAACAAGCCAUAUCUGAUCUACACAGAGAAGCUGGAGUUUCCAUCCCGCUGGUCGUGUUCGGUCACAUGCACAAGAGCCUCGCCUACGGGAGAGGCCUUCGGAAGAUGAUUGCAUUUGGAGGUAACCAGACCAUAUAUCUGAACGGAGCAGUCGUGCCUAGAGUGAAACACGCUCAAUCGAGCAGGCCUGCAACCGAAGGAGCAGGGCUGAUGGUUCCGACAUCGCGGGCGUUCACCAUUGUUGAUCUUUUCGAAGGCGCCGUGGAGAAAAUCUCCGAGGUCUGGGUGACGGUGAGUGAUGCCGGGACAGAGCUCGAGCAGGAAAUAGUCUUGUACAGGCAACCACGUGAGCACAUAUGACUUGCAAGCUAUAGUGUCCAAACUUACAUGGAUGGUGUAAAUGUGAUAGUGCGAUACUGAAAAUUUGUCAAACGCAGUAUUUAAGAGAGCACGAAACUGCACUGUAAACGACGUUGAUUGAGUGAUGUAAAUUUGCAGGAGUAAGCUGUAACUUUCACCGAUGUUAAUAAGUU